AUGGAGCUCGGCGCGGCGCGGCUGCUGGCGGUCCUGCUGUGCCUGGCUCCUGUUUUUGCAGGUUUAUUUAUUUCUCUGGAUCAGCCAACCCUUAGCAUCCAAAAAGAUAUCCUCACAAUAAUGGCAAACAACACACUAAAUAUUACUUGCAGCGGUCAGAGACCACUGGAGUGGUCGUGGCCAAGCAAGCAGAGCAAUGCUGGGAGGCGGAUCUCCGUGACAGACUGCAGUGAUGGCCCCUACUGCAAGACACUUACUCUGAGCAAAGUCAUUGGCAAUGACACAGGGGACUACAAGUGCCUUUACAGGGACAACCAGGCAGCUACUACCAUUUAUGUUUAUGUUCAAGAUUACAGAUCGCCAUUUGUGACCUCAGUUGGUGAUCAGCUUGGCAUUGUAUACAUCACUAAGAAUAAAACUGUGGUAGUGCCGUGCCUUGGAACCGUAUCAAAUCUCAAUGUGUCUCUGCAUGCGAAAUAUCCAGAAAAGAUAUUUGUUCCUGAUGGUAAAUCCAUUUCGUGGAAUAAUAAAAAAGGCUUCACUAUACCCAGUCAUUUAAUCAACUAUGCAGGCAUGGUCUUCUGCGAAGCUAAAAUAGAUGAUGAAAGCUACCAGUCUGUGAUAUACAUAGUUGCAGUUGUAGGGUACCGAAUUUAUGACCUGACAAUGAGCCCACAUGACGAAGUAGAGCUGGCAGUGGGAGAAAAACUUGUUCUCAAUUGCACUGUAAGGACAGAGCUGAAUGUGGGAAUCGAUUUUAAAUGGGACUAUCCUUCCAUCAAGGAAAAACGUGCCACUAUUAGGGAUGUAAAAACCACUGCAGGAGAAGUAAAGAAGUUUGUGAGCACCCUCACCAUUGACAGUGUGUCCUUAAGUGACAAAGGUCGAUAUACUUGUGCAGCAUCCAGUGGUCGUAUGAACAUGAAAAACAGCAGUUACUUCGUUAUCCAUGAAAGUCCUUUUAUUCACCUGGAGAAAAUGGAGAAUGUCGUUGAGACAAGAUUAGGUGACACAGUCAAAAUUCCUGUUAAGUUUAAAGGAUAUCCUCCACCAGAGGCUAAAUGGUAUAAAAAUGGAAAAGCCAUCUAUGCAAAUCAUACAGUUAAACUUGGCUAUGCAUUAGUGAUCACUGAAGCAACUGAAAAGGACGCAGGGAAUUACACGGUUGUCCUUACAAACCCCAUUAACAAGAUGCAGAAAAGACAUACAUUUACCCUGCUGGUGAAUGUGCCUCCCCAGAUCGGUGAGAAUGCGCUGAUGGCCCCCAUGGACUCCUACAAGUACGGCUCGACGCAGGCGCUCACCUGCACCGUCUACGCCGUGCCGCCAGCCAGCACCGUGCUCUGGCACUGGCAGCUGGAGGAGGAGUGCACCUUCAGCCCCCAGAAAGUUCGCUCAGGAGCUAAUCCAUAUGCAUGCAAGAAAUGGAAAGUGAUCUCAGAGAGAAAGGGUGGGAAUCAGGUUGAAAUUAAGCACCGAGUCGUUACUAUUGCUGGGAAAACAAAGACUGUGAGCACCCUCGUGAUUCAAGCAGCGAAUGUGUCUGCUUUGUACAGAUGUAUGGCUACAAACAAGGCUGGGUCAAGUGAGAGAGUGAUCUCCUUCCAUGUGACCAGGGGUCUUGAAAUUAAUCUCCAGCCUCAGAAUCAACUGACAGAGAAGGAUAACAUGUCCUUACGAUGCACAGCAGACAAAUUCACCUUUGAGAAGCUGUCAUGGUACAAACUCAGUGCUCAUGUUUCGCAGACUCCCUUUGGAGGGCUGCCCAUGCCUGUUUGCAAGAACCUCAACGCUCUCCAGAAGCUGAAUGAGACAGUUUCAAAUACCAAUGGUGAAAAUGUCACCUUAGAGCUCAUCCUUCGCAACAUCUCCCUCCAAGAUGGAGGGGACUAUGUUUGCAUUGCUCAGGACAAAAAGUCUAAAACACAGCACUGCCUGGUGAAGCACCUCACUGUUCAAGAGCCCAUGGCACCCACACUUGUUGGAAAUCUGGAAAAUCAAACAACAAAUAUUGGUGAAACUAUAGAAGUGUCAUGUGCAGUGAAUGGCAUUCCUCCUCCAAGCAUUAUGUGGUUUAAAAAUAACGAGACACUUGUGGAAGAUUCAGGUAUUGUUUUGAAAGACAGGAACAAAACACUAACCAUCCGUCGAGUGAGGAAAGAAGAUGGAGGGCUGUACACCUGCCUUGCAUGCAAUGCCCUUGGAUGCAGCAAAGCAGUGGCUUUUUUUUCAGUGGAAGGCGCUGAAGAGAAAACAAAUCUGGAGCUCAUUAUCCUCGUUGGCACUGCAGUGAUUGCCAUGUUCUUCUGGUUGCUUCUUGUAAUCAUCCUCCGGACCGUUAAGCGGGCCAAUGGAGGGGACAUGAAGACUGGCUACUUGUCAAUCAUCAUGGAUCCAGAUGAAGUCCCUAUAGAUGAGCACUGUGAGCGGCUCCCAUAUGAUGCCAGCAAAUGGGAGUUUCCCAGAGACCGGCUGAAGCUAGGUAAACCUCUUGGACGUGGAGCUUUUGGCCAGGUCAUAGAAGCAGAUGCAUUUGGGAUUGACAAAACUUCUACCUGCAAAACAGUGGCAGUGAAAAUGCUGAAAGAAGGGGCAACCCAUAGUGAGCACAGAGCACUUAUGUCAGAGCUGAAGAUACUCAUUCAUAUUGGCCAUCAUCUCAAUGUUGUCAAUUUACUUGGAGCCUGCACAAAGCCGGGAGGCCCACUCAUGGUGAUUGUGGAAUAUUGCAAAUUCGGAAAUCUGUCAGCUUACCUACGGAGCAAGAGGAGUGAAUUUGUCCCGUACAAGACCAAAUGUGCCAGAUUUCGUCAGGGGAAAGAGAACUACGUUGGUGAUGUCUCUUCUGACCUGAAGCGACGGCUGGACAGCAUCACAAGCAGCCAGAGCUCAGCAAGCUCUGGCUUUGUGGAGGAGCGGUCCCUAAGUGACGUGGAAGAGGAGGAUGCUGGUCCUGAAGACCUUUGCAAGAACCCUUUGACCAUGGAGGACCUCAUCUGUUAUAGCUUCCAGGUGGCGAGGGGAAUGGAGUUCUUGGCUUCACGCAAAUGCAUCCACAGGGACCUGGCUGCUCGUAAUAUCCUCUUGUCAGACAAUAAUGUGGUCAAAAUCUGUGAUUUUGGCUUGGCUCGAGACAUCUACAAAGACCCAGAUUACGUCAGGAAAGGAGAUGCCAGACUACCCCUAAAAUGGAUGGCACCAGAAACCAUUUUUGAUAGAGUAUAUACCAUUCAGAGUGAUGUAUGGUCCUUUGGAGUGCUGCUGUGGGAAAUAUUCUCAUUAGGUGCAUCACCAUACCCCGGAGUGAAAAUUGAUGAGGAAUUUUGCAGAAGACUGAAAGAAGGAACAAGAAUGAGAGCACCAGACUAUACAACACCAGAAAUGUACCAAACAAUGUUGGAUUGCUGGCAUGGAGAUCCUAAGCAGAGACCAACUUUUUCAGAGCUGGUGGAGCACUUGGGGAACUUACUGCAAGCCAAUGUCCGUCAGGAUGGUAAAGACUACGUUGUCCUUCCUUUGUCAGUAUCAUUGAAUAUGGAAGAGGAUUCAGGUCUCUCUCUCCCAACUUCACCUGCUUCCUGUAGGGAGGAAGAGGAAGUCUGUGAUCCUAAAUUCCAUUAUGACAACACAGCAGGAAUUAGUCAGUACCGACAAGGUAGCAAGAGAAAAAGCCGCCCCGCGAGUGUAAAAACAUUUGAAGAUGUCCCAUUGGUAACCACUGUAAAAGUUGUUCAGGAGGAAAACCAGACAGAUAGUGGGAUGGUUCUUGCAUCUGAAGAGCUGAAGGCAUUGGAAGAGAGUGAAAAACAAGUGAAAAUAUCCUUUAGCACGCUGGUGCCCAGCAAGAGUAAUGAGUCUGUCAUGUCCGAGGCCUCCAACCAGACGAGCGGGUACCAGUCAGGAUACCACUCGGAUGACAUGGACACCACCGUCUACUCCAGCGAGGAAACGGAACUCUUGUGUGCCCAGGAGGCUUCGCCCCCGCUCUGCCGCGCUCACGGGCUCCCCUACGAGAGCCCCGCGCCACUCUAG